CCCAUCACCCGUCGCGCUCCGGGCUGCCUGACAAUCCAGGGGUGUAUGGGAUGGAAGCGGGACCCUCGGGAGCAGCUGCUGGCACCUACCUGCCUCCCCUGCAGCAGGUGUUCCAGGCCCCACGCCGGCCCGGGAUAGGUACCGUGGGGAAGCCCAUCAAACUUCUGGCCAACUACUUUGAGGUGGACAUCCCCAAGAUUGACGUCUACCAUUAUGAGGUGGACAUCAAGCCAGACAAGUGCCCUCGCAGAGUCAACAGGGAGGUGGUGGAGUAUAUGGUGCAGCACUUCAAACCACAGAUCUUCGGCGAUCGGAAGCCAGUGUAUGAUGGGAAGAAGAACAUUUACACGGUCACGGCGUUGCCCAUCGGCAAUGAGAGGGUGGAUUUUGAGGUGACGAUCCCAGGGGAGGGGAAGGACCGGAUCUUCAAGGUCUCCAUCAAAUGGAUGGCCAUCGUCAGUUGGCGUAUGCUGCAUGAGGCGCUGGUCAGUGGCCAGAUCCCCGUCCCCCUCGAGUCCGUGCAGGCCCUGGACGUAGCCAUGCGCCACCUGGCAUCCAUGAGGUACACACCCGUGGGCCGCUCCUUCUUCUCACCCCCCGAGGGCUACUACCAUCCGUUGGGUGGAGGCCGUGAGGUCUGGUUUGGCUUUCACCAGUCCGUUCGCCCAGCCAUGUGGAAGAUGAUGUUGAACAUCGAUGUCUCGGCCACGGCCUUCUAUAAGGCGCAGCCAGUGAUCGAGUUCAUGUGUGAGGUGCUGGACAUCCGGAACAUCGACGAGCAGCCCAAGCCCCUGACUGACUCCCAGCGGGUCCGCUUCACCAAGGAGAUCAAAGGCCUGAAGGUAGAGGUGACGCACUGUGGGCAGAUGAAGCGGAAAUAUCGAGUCUGUAACGUCACCCGUCGGCCUGCCAGCCACCAGACUUUCCCCCUUCAGCUAGAGAGCGGGCAGACUGUGGAGUGCACAGUGGCACAGUACUUCAAGCAGAAAUACAACCUGCAGCUCAAGUAUCCCCACCUUCCGUGUCUUCAGGUGGGCCAGGAGCAGAAACAUACCUACCUGCCCCUGGAGGUCUGUAACAUUGUGGCAGGACAGCGUUGCAUCAAGAAACUGACGGACAAUCAGACGUCGACCAUGAUCAAGGCGACCGCGAGGUCUGCGCCGGACAGGCAGGAAGAGAUCAGCCGUCUGAUGAAGAAUGCCAGCUACAACCUGGACCCUUACAUCCAGGAGUUCGGGAUCAAAGUGAAGGACGAUAUGACGGAGGUGACGGGCCGGGUGCUGCCGGCACCGAUCCUGCAGUACGGGGGCCGGAACCGUGCCAUCGCCACUCCCAACCAGGGGGUGUGGGACAUGCGGGGAAAGCAGUUCUACAACGGGAUUGAGAUCAAGGUCUGGGCCAUCGCCUGCUUUGCACCCCAGAAGCAGUGCCGAGAGGAAGUGCUGAAGAACUUCACAGACCAGCUGCGCAAGAUCUCCAAGGACGCAGGGAUGCCCAUCCAGGGCCAGCCGUGCUUCUGCAAAUACGCCCAGGGCGCCGACAGUGUGGAGCCCAUGUUCCGCCACCUAAAGAACACCUAUUCGGGCCUCCAGCUUAUCAUCGUCAUCCUUCCAGGGAAAACCCCCGUCUACGCGGAGGUGAAACGUGUUGGGGACACGCUCCUGGGCAUGGCCACGCAGUGUGUGCAGGUGAAGAACGUGGUGAAGACCUCCCCUCAGACCCUCUCCAACCUCUGCCUCAAGAUCAACGUCAAGCUUGGGGGAAUCAACAACAUCCUGGUCCCCCAUCAGCGCUCCGCCGUCUUCCAACAGCCCGUGAUAUUCCUGGGGGCGGAUGUGACCCACCCCCCGGCGGGAGACGGCAAGAAGCCCUCCAUCACCGCUGUGGUGGGCAGCAUGGACGCCCACCCGAGCCGGUACUGCGCCACGGUGCGCGUCCAGCGGCCGCGGCAGGAGAUCAUCGAGGACCUGUCCUACAUGGUGCGGGAGCUGCUCAUCCAGUUCUACAAGUCCACCCGCUUCAAACCCACCCGCAUCAUCUUCUACCGAGAUGGAGUCCCUGAGGGUCAACUCCCCCAGAUCCUCCACUAUGAGCUGCUGGCCAUCCGCGAUGCCUGCAUCAAGUUGGAGAAGGACUACCAACCCGGGAUCACCUACAUCGUUGUCCAGAAACGCCACCACACACGCCUUUUCUGUGCCGAUAAGAACGAGAGGAUUGGGAAGAGUGGAAACAUCCCAGCAGGAACCACUGUGGACACCAAUAUCACCCACCCUUUCGAGUUUGAUUUCUACCUGUGCAGUCAUGCAGGCAUUCAGGGUACAAGCCGGCCGUCCCAUUACUACGUCCUCUGGGACGACAAUCGGUUCACGGCGGACGAGUUGCAGAUCCUGACCUACCAGCUGUGCCACACGUACGUGCGUUGCACACGUUCCGUCUCCAUCCCCGCCCCUGCGUACUACGCCCGACUGGUGGCCUUCCGGGCCCGCUAUCACCUGGUGGACAAGGAGCAUGACAGUGGAGAGGGCAGCCACAUAUCCGGGCAGAGCAACGGGCGGGACCCCCAGGCCCUGGCCAAAGCCGUGCAGGUUCACCAGGACACUUUGCGCACCAUGUACUUUGCUUGAAAGGCCGAACGUCGUUACCUCACUGGAGAGAAGAAAGCUUUCAGACCCGAAGGAGCCAUCACGACAGAACCACCGGGAAGUGGCUUU